AUGGUCUCAACUCGCCAGCAUCCUCAGGGCGAUUUUCCUGCGUUCGAGCCUUCGCCAACGAAGAGACCCUCGCGCACUUCGACCGCGUCUCCUGCGCCCACGAGCCCUACGAGUCCCACACGUACCCUCGCCUCCAAUGUCUCCCCCGCCGCAAAAGCAGUCGCCAGACGCGUAAUUUCCAAGACUUCCAACGCGGUUGAUGCUAUUGCGCCACCUUCGCCGGCAGAGAUUAACGAGACGGGAUGGUGCCAUACAGCAUCGAACCUCACAAUUCUGUGGCUCGCAAUCUCUCUGCCCCUAGUGUUAUGGGACACCCUAUACAUCUUGCUUCGGCCACACACGAUGGCUGGAGGGUUUCUACAAUGGCCGAUCUGGAAGCCAUACGAGAUUUAUGCUUCGAUUGAUUACGUAUAUGGUUGGCCUGGCUGGGAAAGCAACGACGGCUUUGGCGGCGCGCAAGGCGCGCUCAACGCCGUGGAAACGAUUUUGUACGGUCUAUACGUCAUGAUCAUUUAUAAUCACAGCGUUCCUGCCGCGACUGGUACCGGCCUCGAUGUAAGUGCCGAGGGAUGGACCGCGUGGUUAUCAGGCGGCCGCAAAGUCCGCGGCAAGAACGGAAACCGCGCGCUGCUCAUUGGUUUCACGGCUGCUGUCAUGACGCUCAGUAAGACAGUGCUAUACUACUUUAACGAAUACUUUUCCAAUUUCAAGAGCAUAAGUCACAAUGACUGGUUCACUAUUCUUGUCUUCUACGGCAUCAUGAACGGUCUCUGGGUCGUCUUUCCCGCAUAUAUGACCGUCGUUUUUGGAUCGGACAUAAUACAGGCUCUUGACUUCGCUGUUGAAUCGACUACUGGGAAGGAUGAGUAG